AUGUCGCGAAGAUCAUCCGAGAAAUCACCUGGAGAAGAGGAGGACGAGGACGUAUGGCAGUUCCAGCCUUCGGACGACGAGGCGGAAAAGAACCCGCCGGUGCUUCCUUCCGCCAACGACAAGGAAAAUCAAGUGCCUGGCCAGAAGCAGUCGAGCAAACCGCCGAGCAGGACACCUUCCGUCGUUCCCCAGACGCCAACAAAUAAACGCGUUAUUUUCGAGAUUCCAUCGUCUGUAGGUAGCCCUCUCACCCCGAUGCUGGCUAGGUACAGCCCGGCACCCAAAAGGUCUCCCUUGAAAGACAAGUCUACAAACACAAUGUCACCGAUCCCGAAACUUAACACAUCCGUCAAACGCCCGCGAACUCUCACAGUCCAGGAUUCUUAUGCGACGACUGGCAGCCAGAGCUCGAGUCAAAUUGUAUCGCCCACCAAAAUGCCAUUGCAGCCCACCAAGAAUGUCCGUUUCAUCACGCCUCAUCCUACGGCCAGUCUAGCUCCCAUGGAAGAAGACGAGGAAGAGGAGCGAGAACGUGAGGUCAGCCCAUCACCUCGCAGACCACAGAGGUCGCCUCUGGUCGAAAUUGCAGAUUCCGAGGAUGAAUUCGAUAGUCUUGAAAUCCUGGACGAGGAAGCUGAGAGGUACGAGGCCGUUGGCGAAGACACUCAAUUUCAGAUGGACCAGAUUCUCAUCUCUUCAGAGGAGAAUGUGACCUCCGAAGAAGCGUCUCCUGCGGAGGAAGGCGACUCUGAUAAGGAGAAUGUCGCCCCUGCCGCCAGAGAGGACGAUGAUGAUGAUGAUGAUGAUGAUGAAGAGGAAGAGGAUGCGACAGUGGUUUUAUCAAAGCCAUUUGUUUUUGCCAAGUUGGCACGCGAGGAUUCACGCAGAGAGACUGUGGAGGUCAUCACGUCGUCCCCAGAGCCUACACACACCAGUGGCUCAAGCGUUCUUCAGACAGCGAGUAGGGAGACCAACGAAGAGUCCGUCUCUCAGACGACACCCAUACAGAGCCAGAAAACUCCCAAGGCUAAGGGAAAGGCGCCUGUAGAAACACCAAAGACGCCUCACACCCAAGGACUGGAGAGCCAGCGGCUGCCCUACAGUGUCAUUCACGGCAUGGGACGUCAGGGUGAUCGGACCGAUAUAUUUAUUUCCAUACAUCCCGAACAUAUGGACGCUAUCGUGGCUGGCGAGAAAAAUCAUGAGUUUCGCAACUACAGAAUCCCACACACUGUCACCCGCAUGUGGCUUUACAUUACGAAGCCUGUUGCUGAACUUCGGUACAUGGCAUGCAUCAGCGAGGCUAGAUCGCCUGGCGAGAUUGACGAGGAUGGGAUCGGCAACGCGGAUUUCAAUCAGCAUAAGACAUCCAAGUUUGCGUACCACUUAAAGAAGGUCUUUCAGCUGAACGAUCCGAUGCCUUUACAGGAGAUGAUGGGUCUGGAUUGGCUUCACGGACCACCGCAAAAGUAUAACUACGUGCCGCCCGCCGUCGUCGGACAGUUGAUGGCCAACCUGCGCUGUUGCGUUAUCGGUAACGAUGAAGAAGAGGAUGAGGAAGACGUACCGGAACCCGAGACCGGCAGGAAGGAGUCUCUGCCGGCAGCCAAAGGGCCGUCGGAAGAGCAGACGGUCUCCCAAGAGCUCCUUGAGCAGUUCAGAAGCGAUAUCGAGCACUCCACCCAGCACCACUCCUCCGACGCCGACCUGCUCGUACCCUCAAGCCAGACCCCGACCAAGAAUCGCGGCGGCCGAAAGUUCGGUACGGAGCUCCCCCACUUUACCAAGCCGGCUCUGCCCCCGACACCUCUUAGCCGUCCGCCCAACCCGACGCCGCGGCGCGCGGUGCGGCCCUCACAGGCGACGACGGUCAGCCAGACGUCGAGCCCCUCCCAGUCGCCCGUUAAGUCUAGGGCUGCACCGCGGCGGCCGACGCGCUCGAACAACAAUUCGAGCCUGCCCAUCUUUAUGGACGACGAGGAUGAGGACGACAGUCCCGUUCACCUGCCGCUGGGCACGUUCCAGAUGGAUUCCUCGCAGCUGCUGUCCAAGAGCCAGAUGCUGCCCGAGAGUCUGCUGCGUGAUGACGGCGGUGACGACGACGAAAUUAUUGUGUUUGAUUCGGAUCAGGAUGACGAGCUGUAG